GCCAUUGGCAACAUGGAGGGGGAAAAAAAACACUUUUGUUCCUCUAAAGGCUCCAGUUAACUGAUGCCUCUAACCAGCUGAGGCAGAGCCAAGAGGAGGAUGUCCUGUAGGUCCGUUGAAUCAGCUUCAUAUGCACACGCAGUCUGGAUCAGGAGGAACGCAUGUGCUUCUUUGGUGUUUAGCGGGGAAAGACAGACAACAAGGAUCGCUACUGUUGUGAUACUCUGCCUGUGAUGCGUUUGAGGCUUGCUGUUCUGUACUCAGACAUGGAAGUGAAAGCAGUUGGUGUCACAACACGCAGAAGGCGACGGCAAAGGACGAGAGUGGACACGAAACAGCCGGUUCGAUCAUCUAGCUCUGCAUAAAGGUGUGAAUGGGCCGGAAGGAACUAUAACAUCAGUUGGGUCAGAUUAAACGGCGCUGCAGUAGGUCAAAGUAGACUCCCUCACUCCCACGCUCUAAUGAGGCCACGGCAAUGCUGACAUCUCCUCUGAAUCCAAAGACCUCAUCAUGCUGAAGACGGAGGCCUCGGGGGAGAGGACGAGCCUCCGGAGUGCCUCCCCCCACCGUAAUGCCUACCGGGCUGAGUUUCAGGCGCUCAAGAAGGCCUUCGACCAGCCUCGGAUCGAUGGAGACUCAAAGCCCAAAGACCUCGAGCGGGUUAAACAACCGAGGGGCCGCCAGUAUGGCACCCAUGUCAGCCGCAUUAAGGACAUGUUCAUGCAAAUGGGCACAGAAAGUGCAACAGCCAAGUCCAGGGGUCGUGAAGAAACUUCACCACAAAAGCUGGUGAAGCCCACCAACUUCAUCAACAAGGCUGAUGGAACUGUGAUAAAACUCCAGCAUUCCUCGUCGGCUGAAAGGGUUGGAGGUGCUGGGGCAAAGUUCUCUGAAACCAGGAAGCUAUUUGAACAGCAGUCACGAGACCAGUCCCAAUCACCAGUCUUUCCCUACGGACGUGAAAAAAGGGGCUCCCAUGAGCACCUCGAUGACUGGCGAGGGGCGAGAUCCAACCGAGGCAGUACAGACUCCUUGGACUCACUGUGCUCCAGAACAGAGGCGUCCUCACCAACCGUCAGUCAGCUCAGUGCUGUUUUUGAAAAUGCCGACCACAACAAUCAGAGUGUUACCUACAGAGGAGUCACCAGAAGAGCCCUCUACUCACCUGACGGAUUCCACCGCCACGGGGGUGAUCUCAGUGAGGAUGAUUCACGACAAUCUCCAGUUCGUGGAAGCUACCGGAACAGGACAGGGGGCAAGUUUCCCACAUCCUCAUCUUCUGAGGACCUCCUAAGCCCCAGUCCUGGGGCAGAAGCUUCCGAACUGAAAUCGGAGACUCCACAAGAAGAAGAAGAAGCCCAAGACAAAGCUACAAGAGGAGACAGACAGCAUUUGUCUGGCGCCACCACCAAUGGUAGCCAGGUUAAUGGCUCUUGUGAGGAAGAGGAGAAACCUUCAGACACAAGAAAUCAUACCGAGGAUCUAGGGGUCUCAAAAUCCUCUAAACCUGCACAUGGUACUGUGAUUACCAACAAAUCUUCUGAAGAUGCCACUCGCGAGAUGCUACCGACCCCAACUACACCACCUAGGGAAAGCCAAGAGGAUGGGGAGGCUUCAAAGGAAGACAAGCCCUCCGAAUCUCCCAAGGACCAGAUGGAAGAGCCUGACGAGGAAUACACUGGGAAUGAGCGUGUGAUUUUUAACGCAGAUGGUGACGCCUGUUACCAGGGUUGGGGGGAAAGCUGCACAGAUCCCGAGGAUGACCUCUACGGCGACGAUGAGGAUAUUGUCUAUGACCCGGGUUCUGAUCUGACAGAGAUUCCUGGCCUGCCACAGGAAAACAAAGAGGACAUCCCCCCGAAGAGGAAGAUUCGCUUCAGCACUGCUCCAAUUACAGUGUUCAACACCUACUCCAAUGAGGACUACGACCGACGUAAUGAGGAGGUGGAUCCUGUGGCUUCCUCUGCCGAGUAUGAGCUGGAGAAGAGGGUGGAGAAACUGGAGCUCUUCCCAGUGGAGCUAGAGAAAGAUGAAGACGGCCUGGGGAUCAGUAUCAUCGGGAUGGGCGUCGGUGCCGACGCAGGCCUUGAGAAACUGGGCAUCUUUGUCAAAACUGUCAUCGAGGGUGGAGCUGCUGAGAGAGACAGCAGGAUCAAGGUGAAUGACCAGAUCGUGGAGGUGGAUGGGACCAGUCUGGUGGGCGUCACUCAGAGCUUCGCCGCCUCCGUCCUCAGGAACACAUCAGGAGUGGUCCGGUUCGUGAUUGGUCGAGAGCGUCCGGGUCAGCAGAGCGAGGUGGCCACGCUCAUCCAGCAGACCCUGGAGCAGGAGAGGAGACAGAGGGAACUACUAGAGCAGCAGUACGCCCACUAUGAUGCUGACGAUGACGAGCAGACCGGAGAGUACGCCACCGAUGACGAGGAGACGGGAACAACGGUGGCAGGCGGCGAGAAGAGCAUCGAGGUGUUUGACUUGCCGGAGACAGAGGACAUCUUGUCUCCGUCAGACUUGGAUGCCACUAAACUCUACCAGAAGUUCAGAGAGCUCCAGAUCAAACACACAGUGACCGAGGCCGAGAUCCAGAAGCUCAAAAACAAGCUGGCGUCGGUGGAGAGGGAGAAGCAGCGCUGGGAGAAGGAGAAGAGCCAGCUGAAGGCCAGUAUCGAGGAGAACAAGGAGAGGAUGUUGAAGCUGGAGAGCUACUGGAUCGAGGCGCAGACCCUCUGCCACACCGUCAACGAACACCUGAAGGAGGCCCAGGCCCAGUACCAGGCUCUGGAGAAGAAGUAUAACAAAGCCAAGAAACUCAUCAAAGACUUCCAGCAGAAAGAGGUGGAGUUCAUCCAGAAGGAGGAUGCAGAGAGGAGGCGGCUGGAGGAGGCUGAGAAAGCUCACCUGGCUGAGAUCCAGGGACUGCAAGUCAGGAUUGCAGCAUUAGAGUCCGAGCUAAUGCAGCUGAUGAAGCAGAACGGGAUCCAGGUCAACAACAACAACAGCAACAGUUCUGAGAGGCUCAGCGCUCAGCAGUGCAGCCCCAACAGAGCUGCAAUGCAAGCCAGAGACCUUAGGGAGGCCUCUUCACAGUCACCCAGCAAAAAGAAGGGCUGCAGAGAAGUUGCCAGAAACAGCAUCAGCUCCACAGAAGGAGAGGUCUUCGAAGGACACGGCAGUCCAGCCCACAGUCGCUGUGGUUCCAUUCGUAGCGUGGCCUCUUGUGAUGGAGGAGCAGCAGUCCAUAGGCCUCCUGGCAGUGUGGAGGGCUCCCCCAGGAGAACACUGCAGGGUUCUCAGUCUCCUGCAAGGUUGAGUCCAUCUCACAGUUUGGAGGAGCACAGACAAGCUCUGGACCCUGGGUCCUCUCUCAGGAAAACCAAAGUGAAGGACAGAGAUCCCAGAGCCUCUCCUGGAAACAGCUCCACAGAACCAUCAGCAGAGGACAGUCCACAGAAACUCAAGGCCAAGGGACCCACUUUGAACGAUGAUCUGAGCGCCAGCAGCAGCAGCUCGGUGGAGAUCAGCGGCCUGCUCAGUGAAGCCAAGAUGUCAGGACGCUCACACACCCUGGUGCUCUCCUCGGACGAGAUUCUGGACGAGGGGCAGUUUUCGAAGCAGUAUCAGUGGCAGAACUGCAGCAUUACUGAGUGGACUUCACAGCAAGUGGCCCGCUGGCUCAUGGGCCUCAACCUAGAUCACCACAUCCCAGAAUUCACUGCCAAAAAUAUAGGUGGAGAGCAGCUGCUACAGCUGGAUAGCACUGAGCUCAAGGCCCUUGGAGUCACUUUGUCCCAGGAACGAGCCCUGAUCAAGAAAAAGAUCAAAGACCUUAAAAUGCUGAUGGAGAAGGCCAAGAGGAACCAAGAGAAAGUGGAAAAACAGCGCGAAAAGCUACGGAAGAGAGAGCUGGAGCAGCAGCAGAAAGACGGCCGCAAAGAAAGCGCGGCGGAGUGAAAAGGAACCCUCAGUUUACCUCCCGCUUUACAGUAGCACCACACACCAAGUAGCAUCUCGCGGAACAGAACCUCAGCAGGCCCCACGAACCAACCCUGAGGGACGCCUACUUAGUAGUUCAGUAGUUCUCAGUGGUGGAGCUCUACGCCCAGCUGCCAGAGCUUGUUGAGUGACUUUUUCACCGAGCAAACUAAACCAAAACGAGCAGUUGGAUAACAGAAUGCUGCCCUUCAUUUGCCUCAUUUUACACCCAUCCUGUGUUUUUAGCCAUUUAAGAAUUAACUGAGUUCUAUUUAUUUUGCUGUUUAUAUAUAGCUGUAAAUUGGGUUUAUUUAUUCAUAUCCAGAGUAUGUCUGUGAAAAGUCCAUCCCAUCUUUCUCCGAGAACACCCUCAGAACCAUGGGUUAGACAUGAAGACCAUAUACAUGUACAGCGAUAAUUACAGAUACAAAUAUGUCUGAUGUGCCAUUUCGAUAGACUUCUGUAUAUCCUGUUCAGAUACAUAGCUCACUGGAAUCUCUCUCUCGCUUUGAUGAAGCACAUCCAGGUCAGGAAUACAGGAGGCAGUGCUCAUCUCCCACCACUGGGUGUCCCCACGCUGCUCACUUUCACUACUGAAGACAGCAACACUGGAACUUUCCAACAGGAACUGAACUGGGAACCAAGUUGUACUGGGAGAAACUGAGCUCUCUCAGAACCUGCAAGAACACUGGAAGUGCAGACACUGUAAAUUUAACCUGUGCACUGGUUUACAGUGCCCCUUAAAGUAUUCAUGUACCAUACUGAAGCAGUUCUCAAAGUAUGAAUGACAAGGACAUACUGUACUCUCUGGACUGAUUCCAAUAGAGAUUUCAGGUACUAUGUAAUCAUUAAAUUUGUAACUUACCUAACCCGUACCACAAAAACAAACAAACAAACAAAAAAAAAAGUUGAUCAAAUGAAACUUCCUGCUUAUAUGCAUAAUGUUGCUUUGACUCCGCUUGUAACCUGCUUUUGACCUCUUUUUAUAUUCUCUCAGUAACAAAGUAAUACCCCGCCGCUGCCUUUAGAAGUUCUAGAGAAGUAGAAUUUUUCUGAACUCUACCCGCUUCUGUGAGAGUGUCGAAACACAUACUAAACUAACGUCAUCCGUUCCUGUCGUUUUAUUGUUUCUAAAGAAUCACCUGUCAAAAGUUCACCAGAUUUCUCUGGAAUGUUCUCAAUCAGAUUUAGGAAUGCUGCCAUACAGAUGGUGAUCAAUCAAGGACAGACGCAGCAAGGGCAGAAAUUUUCUUACAAAGGUUAAUCGUACCUGAUGUUACGCUGGAAGUUGCACCUGAUGGAUGCAACAUAGUUUGAUUAUGAAAUCGGUUCUGUUCGAAGCAUUUUGAUGUACUUGUUAGAUACCUUUUGAAAUGAUUUUGACCGAUGUUCUUUAUGCAAACAGUACUUAUUUUAGAAGUAUUAAGUUCACUGAGAGACAUGUUCCCUGUGUUACUUCUUUAUCAUUCCCGAGAAUCAUUCCGUAGAGAACUAUAGAGACGCCAGAGUCACCGUGAUAGAAAUGAAGGCAGCUGUGGUAACCUGCCUGACGAGCUGCUAACAGGUUAAGAACGAGAAUAGUUAAGGGUUACAGACACUUCCAUGCAGCACCACAGUAAUACAGCUGUCACUGAUAGAACUUAAUGUUAUUAUUUAUUUAUUCCUGUAUUUAAUGAAGCAACUGACUACUGUUUAUUAAAACUUAUACAAAAUAAGAAUAUUAUUAACACCUAACAAUGAUUUAUCCAGAAUUUAAUUAUUACUUCCUUUUGCCAAAACAUGAUUAAAACUGUUCAUUUGAAGUGAUUUAUAUUCAAAUGGCUGUUAUAAAAAAAUGAAGGAUUUCAAGUUUGGUUCUGCAGAGAAAGAAGAAAACACAGUAGUAUCCUCCCAUUGUGCUUGUGAUUUUCCUCAAUACAACCAUAGUGCUGCUCCAGUGCUACUCCAAUAAACUGCUCAUGACGUAUUCUUAUGAAAUAUUUUGUAACACUUGAACCUUUCUGUGAAUACCCCCCACACCCCGACAAGUCGGUCAGCAGACUGCACUCUUUUGACUCUUUUAUAUGUAUAGUAAAACACUGAGAGCAAUAUGCUGUAAGACUCCUAAAGAAGCCUUGUUUUAUAAUGUGUCGGUGUGCGUGCGCAGUUUGCCAGUGGGCUGAGGAGGCUGAAAGGUCAGACCUGAGCCGAAAAAUGCGAUUUCAGAUCUUUCUUUUUGUUUUGUUUUUUUUUUCUUUUUUUCUUUUCUACGUGCUUGACUGAGCUUGAAACCAACGUAUGGAUGAGACCCUGGUGCUCCUGGCAGGCAAAAACACAAAUGUAUCGAGUCGUGUCUGGAAGAAUUCGUCUUUCAUGUGCGUAGAAAGCAGAAGAUAAUUGCCACAAACUGCUAGCCAUGCUUUCACUCUUUAAAAAGCUGUGCUUAUUCUCCUCCUCCUUUUUCUGUCAUUGCCUUGCUCUCUUUUUCGCAUUAUGAAAAGUCUGAAAGGGCAGCUACCUGUCACACUGAAUAAAAUGUGCAGUAACUGUCCACA